AUGAUGAGUUUUAACUGUUUAUCUGGCUUGUUUGAAUGUGAAAGAGGGACCAUUGAACACUUCAGCGCAGCGAAUCUAAGGACCGCAGCACAUACAAGUAGCGCAGCAAGUCCAGCUAGUGCAGCAAGUACAAUUAGCACAGAAAGUCCAGAUAGCAUAGCAAGUUCAGGUAGCGCAGCAACUCCAAGGAGGCAAGCAAGUCUUGAUAGCAGAGCAAGUAGGACUACAACUAGCGCAGCAAGUCCAAAUAGCACAGCGAAUCGAAAAAGCGCAGCACAUACAAGUAGCGCAGCAAGGCCAAAUAGCGCAGCAAAUCCAAGUAGCGCAGCAAGUCCAAGUGGUGCAACAAGUCCAAGUGGUGCAACAAGUCCAAGUGGUACAACAAGUCCAAGUGGUGCAGCAAGUCCAAGUGGUGCAGCAAGUCCAAGUGGUGCAGCAAGUCCAAGUGGUACAGCAAGUCCAAGUGGUACAACAAGUCCAAGUGGUACAGCAAGUCCAAGUGGUACAACAAGUCCAAGUGGUGCAGCAAGUCCAAGUGGUGCAGCAAGUCCAAGUGGUACAGCAAGUCCAAGUGGUACAGCAAGUCCAAGUGGUGCAACAAGUCCAAGUGGUGCAGCAAGUCCAAGUGGUGCAACAAGUCCAAGUGGUACAGCAAGUCCAAGUGGUACAACAAGUCCAAGUGGUGCAGCAAGUCCAAGUGGUGCAGCAAGUCCAAGUGGUGCAACAAGUCCAAGUGGUGCAACAAGUCCAAGUGGUGCAGCAAGUCCAAGUGGUGCAACAAGUCCAAGUGGUGCAGCAAGUCCAAGUGGUGCAACAAGUCCAAGUGGUGUAGCAAGUCCAAGUGGUGUAGCAAGUCCAAGUGGUGCAACAAGUCCAAGUGGUGCAGUGGUGCAACAAGUCCAAGUGGUGCAGCAAGUCCAAGUGGUGCAACAAGUCCAAGUGGUGCAGCAAGUCCAAGUGGUGCAACAAGUCAAAUCGUGA